AUGCAAUUUCCCAAGCUUCCGGCGAAGGCCGCAUACCUCCAUUUAAGGAAUCCGGCGAAACGCAAUGCCCUUAGUCUCGAGACUCUGGAGGAUCUCCGUACACAGCUCCUCUCGUACCUUACGUCACCAACGACUGGCAGGGUUUUGACUCUCCCUGCCUUCAAACCCUCAAUCUUAUCCGAACUCGAGGCUGCAAGUCAGUAUGCCGAGUCUGGUUCAGGCGGCUCAUCGGAGCAUAGUUGGCUAGUUGAUGCUACGGAAUGGAAGCGUGAGCGGGAGGGUUUGCCCAAUGUACUCGUCAUGCGCAGCUUUGGCCCCGUUUUCUCGUCAGGUCACGACUUGAAGCAGCUCGCAUCGCUCUCACACGUCGAAGUGAAGCGCACAUUCGCCCUGUGCGCUGACAUCAUGUCCCUUAUCCGACAUAGCCCGGCACCCGUUGUCUGUCCCAUCCAGGGCCUCGCGACAGCAGCUGGGCUGCAGCUCGCACUGUCGACGGACUAUCCCAUUGCCCUCUCCACCACCAGGUUCCAGCUGCCUGGUGCUAGCAUCGGACUCCCGUGCACGAGCCCCGCCACCGCCGUAUCCCGUCGACUCCCGCCGGGUCAGGCGUACCGACUUCUUCUUUCUGCAGAAGCGGUUACAGCGGACGACAUGCGGGGUGCCGUGGAUGUGGUGCCGACCCCCGAUCAUGCAGAGUCCACGGACACGGCUGCCGCAGCUUUCGAGGAGCGCGUAGCAGAGGUAGUCGAGCGGCUAGCGGGGACUGCAGGACAACCAAUGGGUCUUGGAAAGUGGGCAUUCUGGACGCAGCUCGGCAUCAAGGGCGAAAGUGUUGAUGAGAGAGGAGGUGACGGGUAUGAGGACGCUGCAAGCUGGGCCGGCCAGGUCAUGGCGUUGCAUGCGCGAAGCGCAGACGCAAGAGAAGGCAUCGCAGCUUUCAUUCAGAAGCGGAACCCAGCAUGGCAGACGUAA